AGAAAAAGACAAAAAGGUUGAAAACUUUGCGCUACCAUCACUGGAUGGGGUCUAAGAAAGACCUGUUUCUGUUUACCUGCAUCACAAUGGGCCUUCUGGGGUGCAAUUAAUUGGUUGCAUUAAAAAAUGGCAGCUUUUUCCACCCAAAAAAAAAAAAGAAAAAGAUUAGCAGCUUUAUUUAUGCAGCGAUGAACUGAGUAGCCGCACAGAAGAAGAAGAAGAAGAAGAAGAAGCUGUGACUCUGGAGUCUGUAUCUCUUCGAUACUUGUACUUGGGGUUUUGCAUUUAGAAGCUAGAGAGUUCCAUAAAACAAGCUUCAAAUUAAUACCCACAUAAGAAAUCUUGGCGAUGAGGCCAAAGAUUUAUCUUUUCGGUGACUCCAUUACUGAGGAGUCCUUUGGCAUCGGAGGUUGGGGUGCUUCUCUUGCCAACCAUUUCGCUCGCACGGUCGAUGUGGUGCUAAGAGGGUACAGUGGGUAUAAUACGAGAUGGGGGCUGAAGGUCUUGGACAGUGUCUUCCCUGCGAAACAAGACGGUGAUGGUGGGAAUGGAAUUCAUAGCGAAAGAGGACCAAUUGCUGUGACGGUUUUCUUUGGGGCCAAUGAUGCUAGUCUUCCAGAUAGAUGCUCUGCGUUUCAGCACGUGCCUCUCCAAGAAUAUAAGCACAACCUUCAUUCGAUUGUCUCCUUCUUCAAGAAGCGAUGGCCUAAUACUCAUGUGCUUCUAAUAACACCUCCUCCAAUUGAUGAAGAUGCACGCUUAAGAUAUCCUUACGUGGAGAAUAAGCAGGGCCUUCCGGAGAGGACAAAUGAAGCUGCUGGUGAAUAUGCCAGAGCAUGCGCUGCUAUUGCUGGAGAAUGUGGAGUACCUGUCAUUGACCUCUGGACCAAAAUGCAGCACUGCCCUGAGUGGAAAAAAGAAUAUUUAAGUGAUGGUUUGCAUCUCACCCAAAGUGGCAACCAAGUUGUUUUUGAGGAAGUAAUCAGGAAGCUCAGAGAUGACGGGUUGAGUGUAGAAGCUUUGCCUGUAGAUCUUCCAUUGAUAUCUGAUAUUGAUCCUAAUGACCCCAUGAAGGCCUUUCGGUAGUAUUAACCUGUUUGGAUGAUCAGUAAACGUAUGACAAUGAUGGUUUUGAAUUUUUUGUGAACUGUUCUUGGGACUGUUAUUAGGCAUGAUUCUCCAUAUCUUUGUUACUAGGUUUUCGAUUAGAAUAUGACAACUGUAUACAUUUUUAAUACAAUAUCUAAUUGUAAGAAACUUGUUCAGAAAACCUUUGCAAUUGUUACAUAAUUAUUGAAAAUUUAUAUACUUGUCAUAUUUUUAUGGAAAAACUUGUUGAGAGAGAUAUGUGAAA